AUGUCCCAAAUCGACUUCCUCCCCCUGCCGUAUGCAGUUGACCUGCACCUGAAUGCGUCUUCGACCACUUGCGGCGCCGAAAAUCUGCCGACAUGGCCGACCAACACCCUAUUACACUCAAACUCCUCUCUUAUCGCUGGCGACGACGAUGAAACGGCUGACAACGUCUUCUUCGAUGAUCUAGUGCCACUUGAAAGGGGUCACCCUGAUGUCCAUCUGAGAAAUGGAAUCAUGAGAGCGGCUCGUCUUGCAGUCGACCAUGAACCUGACGCGGAAAAGGCCUUCUUCGUGGCGGACCUGAGCUAUGUCUACAUGCAGCAUGAGCGCUGGAAACGGUGUCUCCCCGAAGUCGAGCCCUUUUACGCUGUAAAAUGCAACCCUGACCCAUACGUCCUCCGCCUGCUCUCUGGACUAGGGACGGGUUUCGACUGUGCUUCCAAUGGGGAAAUUUCCCAGGUGCUAAAGCUUGGCAUCGAUCCUUCCCGUAUCAUAUUUGCAAACCCUUGCAAAGCGACAUCUUUCAUCAAGAAUGCAGCCAAAGCUGGUGUACACAUGAUGACCUUUGACAACGCGGACGAGCUGUACAAGGUCGCGCGCGCGAACUCUGCAGCCAAGCUCGUCCUUCGCAUCCUUACCGACGACUCCAAAAGCUUAUGCCGCCUCGGCUUGAAGUUUGGUGCACCGCUUGUGACCGUCCCCGGUCUUCUCGCGAAGGCUAAGGAGCUAGACCUAGAUGUCAUUGGUAUCAGCUUCCAUGUGGGUAGCGGCUGCUACGACUCUUCCGCGUUUUCCGAUGCCGUUAUGCGGGCACGCGCGGCGUUUGAUAUGGGCCUCCAAGCGGGGUACACCUUUCAAUUACUAGACGUCGGUGGCGGUUUCGAGGACGGGAAUUUCGAGGCGACGGCUGCCAUCUUGAGGGACGCGCUCCACAGCUACUUUCCGGACCGCCGGGAUCUCCGAAUUAUCGCCGAGCCGGGCAGGUACUACGUUUCCCGCGCGUUCAGUCUGGCGGCGAACGUGAUUGCCCGUCGUGGCCCGUUGACGGACACAGAGCACGAGGUAGCAGCUCAGGAUGGCAGCAACGAUCAGCCGACGGUGAUGUACUACAUCAAUGACGGUGUGUACGGUGCCUUCAACUGCAUCCUGUUCGACCAUCAGAAGGUGCACCCAUACGUCCUGUCCCUCAACGGGUCUUUCCACGUCCCUUCGACCGAGCCGUUGAACCCGAGCAGCGUCUGGGGGCCCACCUGCGAUUCUAUUGAUUGCGUGUGCCCGGUGACGCUGCUGCCGGCUACGCUCCGGGUAGGAGAUUGGCUUGGUUUUGAUAACAUGGGAGCGUACACAUUGUGCGCGGCCAGUCAAUUCAACGGGUUCGAGGUCAGCCAUGUGACCUACACGACGGGAGGCGGGCCUGGCUCUACGGAGACACGCAGGGUCCUCAAGGCUGUGGCGGCCGCGGCGGUCCAGGACUAA